GAAUCAUCAAUAGCACCGGUAAACUGUGGAAGGAUCAGCGUCGCUUUUUGCACGAAAAACUACGCCAAUUCGGCAUGACUUAUAUGGGAAAUGGAAAGCAUGUUAUGGAGAAGCGUAUUAUGACCGAGGUGCACGAAUACAUUCACAACUUACGCGUCUCCGAAGGUCAGCCUAUGGAUAUGGCGCCCGCCAUCAGUGUAGCCGUUAGCAAUGUCAUUUGCAAUAUUAUGAUGUCCGUACGUUUCUCCAUUGAUGAUCCGAAAUUCCGUCGAUUCAAUUUCCUCAUCGAAGAGGGUAUGCGUUUGUUUGGUGAAAUACACACAGUCGACUACAUACCCACCGUACAGUAUUUCCCAUCAAUUUUGACUGCCAAAACGAAAAUCGCUAAAAAUCGCGAAGAGAUGCAGAAAUUCUAUCGCGACGUGAUCGAUGACCACAAAAAGAGCUUUGAUCCAGCGAAUAUAAGGGAUUUAGUUGAUUUCUAUUUGGUUGAAAUUGAGAAGGCGAAGGCGGAGGGACGUGAUGAAGAGCUGUUCGAUGGCAAAAAUCAUGACGAACAAAUCGUUCAAGUCGUCAUCGAUCUCUUCUCCGCCGGCAUGGAAACGAUCAAAACCACUUUGCUCUGGAUUAAUGUAUUCAUGCUGCGCAAUCCCGAAGCGAUGAGAUGCGUACAAGAGGAGCUCGAUCAGGUUGUCGGUCGUCAUCGGUUGCCCUCCAUUGAGGAUUUGCAAUUUUUGCCAGUGACCGAAUCGACAAUUUUGGAGUCGAUGCGCCGUUCGUCCAUUGUGCCGCUCGCGACUACACACUCGCCCACAAGAGAUGUCGAAGUGAAUGGUUACAAAAUCCCUGCCGGUUCGCACGUCAUUCCACUCAUAAACAGCGUACACAUGGAUCCCAAUCUCUGGGAGAAGCCCGAAGAAUUCAAUCCACGUCGCUUCCUGGACGCCGAAGGUAAGGUGCGCAAACCCGAGUAUUUCAUCCCCUUCGGCGUGGGACGUCGCAUGUGCCUUGGCGAUGUGUUGGCACGCAUGGAGCUUUUCCUCUUCUUCUCCUCAUUUAUGCAUUGCUUCCAUAUAACGUUGCCCGAAGGUCAACCGCUGCCCAGCUUGAAGGGUAAUGUGGGCGCCACCAUUACACCCGAGACAUUCAAGGUGUGCCUAACGCCACGACCGCUGAUACUGAAUACACACACUGUGGAACCACAUCAUAUGCGCAAUGUAGGCGCAAAUUAAGUGGCCAUAAGAAUCACCGAGCGGAAAGAGAGCGCCUGCGGUUGUGGGAGUGAGAAGGUGAUAUACAAUGGUGCAUAGCGUGUGCGCGUGUUACCAUGAUGGCGCGCAUUGCUGCAAAUGUGCGAGCACGAAAGUGAGAAAAAGAGAGAGAGAGAGAGAUGGAGAGAUAGAGAGAGAGCGGUAACGUAUGUACGCGCAUAAUGUUAUGAACAAGCGUUUAGCAAGAGAGCUGUUUAAACAAAGCAUACGCGAGUGCAUGCGCGGCGCAUGCGUUGAAAUGCGUUUCCAGGGCACGGUUUUGUUCCUAAUUGACGACAGUCGAUAAAACCAACAAACUUUUUAAAAUACAAUAACAACAAAUAAGCUAAGCGAUGCAGUAAACUGUAAUUAUGACAGUAGUUAGGUAUCUUGGCAGAGAGCGAGCAGCACAACGAACUAGGAAGUUUAGAUAUUUUUCAAGCUUUGUACAAGAGAGAGAGCGAGAGAGAGAGAGAGAGUAGAGGGACAAAGCGGAGAAAAAUACAACGUUUUAUAGUUUUCUUGAAUACAUUCAAACUUUAUAGUAUUUUUAUUUAAAUAUUUAAUGCUACUUAAGUGGCACUUAAGUGACAGUUAAGUAAUUUUAAUCAUUUGUAUUAUCACUUAGAGUGCUUAUAAGCUAAAAAAGCGCAUAGAACUUAACGCGCAUUGGUACAGUCACUUUGGCAAAAGCUUAGUUAAUUGCUGCUGUUUAGGUUAAGCACUCACUUAAGCUGCUGCCAAACAGACGUAGGUAAGCGCUAAUAUAUACAUAUUUACGUAGGCAUAUCUUUAUUUAUGUAUGCAUUUAAACCGCAAGCCAGCCAAGUAAUCAACCAAUAAAUUUUUGUCAACAUGUUCUAUUCUAGCACCCCCAAGAAGCUGUGUUCAGUAAAUUUAUGCAUUUAUAUUUUGUAUAAAUAAAUUAUUUGUUAGUGUGUAUCUUGCACACAUACAUACACAUACAUUUGUACGUAGAUUUGUGUAAGAUUCAUAGGUAAUUAAUUUAAGUCAACUGUGGUUUAGUUUUAUACUCCAUCUAGAAUAUUGUAUGUAUGUAUGUAUAGAAACUAGUUAAGAAUUACUUAGAAGCUUACGUUGGAGGGCGAAAUAGAAAAUAUGAUAGGAAAAUCGUGAACAAACUAAAAAAUAUUAAAAAAAAAU